AAUAAAGAGAGCUUUAAAUGCUUCACUGACUCACCGCUUCUGCGCCGCCGUCACAUUCUCCGGUGAAUUCUCCGGUACCGACGUCUCUUGAACCGGUAGAAACCACUCUCUCCUCCAGCGCCGGCGUUUCCCAUUUCCGGUGAUAUCUAAAGCUCAUAACUUUCACGUUCUUGAUUUUCCGUUUCUGUCCAUUUUUAGUUUCUACGGCUUUGUUCUUCCCAGCACAGGCUCUCUUUGAAGUUUUCCGGUUCUGGGCAUUUCUCUUUAUUGUUCUUUGGUCUGCAUUUCUAGCCGUUAUGGCCAAAGAUGAAAUUUUUGAGGGCUAGAAAGUGUUGAAAGAGUAGUCAUUUUCAGCUCCAGUUGUAGUUGGGUUUCUUGUCUAUUCUUGUUAGUCUAGCUGCAUUUUUCACCGUUAUAUUAUAUUACUAUUUCCCAACAAAACUGCGACUUUGCUGUGAUCUACAUAUCUGUUAAGGUUUUUGAGUGAUUCUAAUGGAAAUAUAACAAAGGUUGUAUACUUGUACUGCAUUUUUGAGAUGACAAGGUUGUUGUGUGGUCUGGUUUGGAGUCUCCUAGCUCCCAUUCUGGUUUGUUCUGUGUACCCUUCACUGGAUGAUGAUGUUCUAGGGUUGAUUGUGUUUAAGGCUGACAUUCAAGAUCCAGAAGGGAAGCUGGGAUCUUGGAAUGAAGAGGAUGAUAGUCCUUGCAGGUGGAAUGGGGUGAAAUGUAACCCCAGAUCUAAUAGAGUCUCUGAGGUUAAUCUUGAUGGUUUUGGGCUUUCAGGGAAGAUUGGUAGAGGCCUUCUUCAAUUGCAGUCUCUUAGGAAGCUUUCACUGGCAAUGAACAAUUUUAGUGGAGGGUUAAGUGUGAGUCUUACCCAGCUUGGUCAUCUCAGGACUAUAGACUUGAGUGAGAAUAGUUUAUCUGGGCCGAUCCCGGGGGAUCUUUUUCAAGAAUGUGGGUCUUUAAGAACGAUUUCUUUGGCUAAGAACGAGUUCUCGGGGAGAAUUCCAGAGAGUUUGGGUUCGUGUGCUUCACUAGCUUCGUUAAACUUGUCAUCGAAUCAGUUUUCUGGAUUGUUACCCAACACCCUUUGGUCUUUGAAUUCCCUAAGGUAUCUUGAUUUGUCGGAUAAUUUGCUCGAGGGUGAGAUUCCAAGGGGCAUUGAAGGUCUGAGCAAUCUGACAGGGAUACGUUUGCAUAAGAAUCAAUUUUUGGGCGAAAUACCUGAUGGAAUAGGAAACUGUUUGCUGUUGAGGUCGAUUGAUUUGAGCCAAAAUUCUUUUUCGGGAGGACUUCCCAGCACAAUGCAGAAGCUAAGAUUGUGUCACGACCUAAUCUUGAGACGAAAUGCCUUUUCAGGUGAUUUUCCAGAAUGGAUAGGCGAAAUGAAAACCCUCGAGACCUUGGAUCUUUCGGAGAACCACUUCUCGGGCAAGGUUCCAACAUCAAUUGGGAAGCUUCAGUCACUAAAGGUACUAAAAAUAUCCAAGAAUUCGAUUUCCGGAAACUUGCCUGAAUCCAUCGGAACUUGUACAAAUCUUCUGGCUUUGGAUGUUAGUCAUAACUCCUUGACGGGCGAAAUCCCGUCUUGGUUAAAUAAACCGGGAUUACAGAAAGUUAUAUUUUCCGAGAAUACAUUUGCUGGGGAAAUUCCAUCUGCCCUUGGCGGUUUUAGUGACUUGGAGGUCUUGAAUUUUUCUGGAAAUUCACUUAUAGGGAGCAUUCCUAAGAGUAUAGGAAAAUUGAAAUCCCUUAAUGUACUCGAUUUGAGUAAGAACCGGUUAAAUGGCAAUAUCCCUUUGGAAAUCGGAAGGGUUACCUCUCUAACGGAACUGAGACUACAGAAAAACAACCUCACCGGGGGAAUUCCAUCUUCGAUUGGUAACUGUUUGUCACUAGUUUCACUGAUUCUUUCACAUAACAACCUAACCGGGCCUUUACCAGCAUCGCUAGCAAAACUUGCUGCCAUUAAACGCGUUGAUCUAUCGUUUAACAAGCUCACGGGUAGUCUUCCAAAGCAGCUAGCUAAUCUUGUACACCUCUUGACGUUCAACGUUUCGCAUAACGAGCUGCAAGGCGAACUGCCCGGUGGUGGGUUUUUUAACACCAUUUCGCCUUCCUCUGUGUCCAAUAACCCGUCGCUUUGUGGGGCAGCAGUCAAUAGAUCGUGUGCUUCUGUCCUCCCCAAACCGAUAGUAAUGGACCCGGGCACGAAUGCUUCUUCUACUACUCCUGACUCGAUCCCGAGGGGUUUUGGGCGUCAGAAGAAAAUGCUUAGCAUCUCUGCUCUCAUUGCCAUUGUUGCUGCAGCUGCGAUAGUCGUGGGCAUGAUUACGGUUACUGUGCUUAACCUUAGCGUCCGAUCUGCCACUUCUCGAUCUGCUGCAGACCUUACGUUCUCGGGUGGUGAUGACUUUAGCCAUAACUCGUCAUCUACAGAUGGGAAUUCGGGUAAACUUGUCAUGUUUUCGGGUGAAUCUGACUUCAAUACGGGCUCUCACGCCCUUCUUAACAAGGAUUGUGAGCUUGGGCGGGGUGGAUUUGGAGCGGUUUACAGGACUGUUCUUAAGGGCGGGCAUCCGGUUGCCAUCAAGAAGCUUACUGUCUCGAGUCUUGUCAAGUCUCGGGAGGAUUUUGAAAGGGUGGUCAAGAAACUGGGCAAAGUGAGGCAUCCUAAUCUCGUGGCGCUUGAAGGCUAUUACUGGACUCCAUCACUGCAGCUUCUGAUAUACGAAUUCGUGUCGGGAGGGAAUCUGUACAAGCGUCUCCACGAAGGGUUAGGCCCGAACUUAAGUUGGAACGAGAGAUUCGAGAUGAUUCUUGGAACAGCUAGGAGCCUGGCUCACUUGCACCAGAUGAACAUAAUCCACUACAACAUAAAAUCGAGCAAUGUCCUAAUCGACAGCACCUCGGGGGAACCAAAACUCGCAGAUUACGGGCUAGCAAAGCUGCUGCCAAUGCUCGAUCGAUACGUCCUGAGCAGCAAAAUCCAGAGUGCACUCGGGUACAUGGCCCCCGAGUUCGCCUGCAAAACGGUGAAAAUAACCGAGAAAUGUGAUGUGUAUGGGUUCGGGAUCCUGGCUCUGGAGAUCAUCACGGGAAAGAGGCCCGUGGAGUACAUGGAGGACGAUGUUGUAGUACUGUGUGACACGGUGAGAGCCGCCCUCGAGGAAGGCCGGGUGGAAGAAUGCUUCGACUCGAGACUACAAGGCGGGUUUCGAGGCGAGGAGGCAAUCCCCAUCAUCAAACUAGGCUUGAUCUGCACAUCACAGGUUCCUUCUAACAGACCUUACAUGACAGAAGUGGUCAGCAUUUUGGAGAUGAUCAGAAGCCCUUCAGAAAGCCAGGAUGAACUUGCAUGAACAUAUGAUCCGGUUAUUACAUUAACGACUAGGAAUCCGGUUAUUUUGGUAGCUUUUGAAGGCUUGAAUGGAAAAACCAGAACUGUUUUCUGCAGAAAUUUUAGGCUUUUAAGUUUUAACCAACCUUAACUUACAAUGUCUGUAAUGCUUCUUUGUUUUUGCACUUCAUUGCCGGAUGCUUUUUCAUCAGGUUCCAAUUCAAUCUGGUGCAUUGACUCUGUUACAAUGCAGUAUCUGUUCAUAA